AUGAGCAUCCAGGUCCCACCCAGACUCCUGGAGCUGGCGGGGCAGAGCCUCCUGAGAGACAAGCCCUUGGCCAUCUCUGCCGUGGAGGAGCUGCCCAGGGUGCUCUAUCUCCCACUCUUCAUGGAGGCCUUCAGCAGGAGACACUUCCAGACUCUGAUGGUGAUGGUGCAGGCCUGGCCCUUCACCCACCUCCCUCUGGGAUUGCUGAUGAAGACGCUUCAUCUGGAGACCUUAAAAGCAUUGCUGGAAGGGCUUCAUAUGCUGCUUACACGGAAGGUUCGCCCCAGGAGGUGGAAACUUCAUGUGCUGGAUUUGCGGCACGUUGAUGAGAAUUUCUGGGCCAUAUGGUCUGGAUCCAGGGCCCUGUCCUACUCCCCAGAGGCCAUGAGUAAGAUGCAGAGAGCAGAGGACUGUCCAAGGACAGGAGAGCACCAGCCCUUGAAGGUGCUCAUAGACAUCUGCCUCAAGGAAAUACCCCAGGAUGAAUGCCUGAGUUACCUCUUCCAGUGGGUUUACCAAUGGAGAGGUUUAGUACACCUGUGCUGCGGUAGUUUGGUGAAUUAUCUAACGCCGAUUACAUAUCUCAGAAAGUCAUUGAAAAUAAUCCACCUGAAUAGUAUUCAGGAGCUGGAAAUUUGCAACAUGUCCUGGCCACAUCUGAUAAGAAAGCUUCAUUGUUACCUGAAGGAGAUGAAGAAUCUUCGCAAACUCGUUUUCUCCAGGUACCAUCAUUACACGUCAGACAAUGACCUUGAGAAAUGCUUAGUUGCCAAAAUCAGCUCUGUGUUCCCCAGGCUGGAACACCUCCAGUUGCUUAAGAUAAAUAUGGUCACAUUCUUCAGCGGGUACCUCGAACAGCUGAUCAGGUGCCUCCAGAUGCCCUUGGAGAACUUGUAAUUAACUUGUGGCUACCUAUUGGAAGAGGACUUGAAGUGUCUCUACCAGUACCCAAGACUCGGUUACCUAAAGCAUCUGAAUCUCAGCUUCGUGCUGCUGUUCCGCAUCAGUCUUGAACCCCUCGGAGCUCUGCUAGAGAAAGUUGCGGCCACUCUCAAGACCCUCAUCUUGGAGGACUGUCACAUCCACUACUCCCAACUCAAUGCCAUCCUGCCUGGCCUGAGCCGCUGCUCCCAGCUCACCACCUUCUACUUUGGCAGAAAUUGCAUGUCUAUGGACGCUCUGAAGGACCUGCUGCGCCACACCAGUGGGCUGAGCAAGUUAAGCCUGGAGACGUAUCCUGCCCCUGAGGAGAGUUUGAAUUCCUUGGUUGGUGUCGAUUGGGAGAUCUUCACCCCACUUCGGGCUGAGCUGAUGUGUACACUGAGGGAAGUCAGGCAGCCCAAGAGGAUCUUCAUUGGUCCCACCCCCUGCCCUUCCUGUGGCUCAUCACCGUCUGAGGAACUGGAGCUCCAUCUUUGCUGCUAG